AUGACCUCCGCUUCCUCCGAUGCCACCUUUCUGGCCCUACCCGGGUCUGUUGCCUUCUCGCACUCCCGGGGACAUGCAAUUGCGGCCAGUAUUGGAGCUCAAGAUGUUCGAGCCCAAUGGAUUCACUACGUUCAUGCGGCUCAACCCUUGGAUGAACCACAGCAGAACGUUCUGAAGCAGCUCCUGCAAUACGGUGAUAUUACCGACAUUCCUCCCUCCUUCAGUGCCGAGGACGGCCAGUUCGAUGUCUUCUAUAUCUUUCCUCGGACCGGAACUAUUUCCCCAUGGAGUUCACAGGCCACCGGUAUCGCCCACGUCUGUGGCUUGCGCAAGUAUGUCGACCGCAUUGAGCGCGGAUUGAAGAUCUCGUGUCUCCGUGCGAAUUCUGCAGAAUACAAGUCGGGCUUCCAGGAUGUCUUGCACGAUCGCAUGACACAGGUUCUGAGCCAGGAAGAACCUGACCUCCACCUGAUGUUUUCCGAGCACAGCCCUCUUCCCCUUGAGACUGUCCCCCUUCACGGAAGUGACAAGUCUCCGAAGGAGGUAUUGCAAGAGGCAAACAAGCGGUUGGGGUUGGCUCUGGAAGAGUCUGAGAUUGAGUACAUUGCGGAAGCUUAUGGUCCCAAUGGUCCUAUUGCCCGUGACCCUACCGAUGUCGAGCUGUUCAUGUUUGCACAGGUCAACUCGGAGCACUGCCGUCAUAAACAAUUCAAUGCGUCCUGGGUGAUUGAUGGGAAACAAAUGCCCAACAGCCUGUUCGCGAUGAUCCGCAAUACACACAAGAAAAACCCAGAGUACACGGUCAGUGCCUACAGCGACAAUGCUGCUGUUCUUGAGGGAGACGUAGCCGCUCACUGGGCGCCCGAGGCUUCCACCGGGGAGUGGAACCACACGAAAGAAAUUGUUCACUUCUUGGCCAAGGUCGAAACCCACAACCACCCGACGGCGGUAUCCCCAUACCCGGGUGCCGCAACUGGCUCCGGCGGUGAGAUCCGUGACGAGGGUGCCGUCGGACGAGGCUCCAAGCCCAAGGCAGGUCUUUCCGGAUACUGUGUCUCUGAUCUGCAGAUUCCUGGCUUGAAACAGCCAUGGGAACUGGAUGUUGGCAAGCCGAACCACAUCGCUAGCAGCUUGGAUAUCAUGUUGGAGGCCCCUAUUGGUAGCGCAGCGUUCAACAACGAAUUCGGACGGCCCUGCAUCUCUGGCUACUUCCGGACUCUGCUGACAGAAAUUGACGUUGGCAAUGGCCAGAAGGAAGUUCGAGGCUACCAUAAGCCCAUCAUGCUUGCCGGUGGUGUCGGAACGGUCCGGCCCCAGCACGCCAUCAAGAAGCCAGAAGUGGUAAAGCCUGGUGCUUUCCUCGUCGUCCUUGGUGGGCCUGCCAUGCUGAUCGGCCUGGGUGGUGGUGCUGCCUCCAGUAUUACUUCGGGUGAAGGUUCUGCUGAGCUGGACUUUGCUAGUGUGCAGAGAGGCAACGCUGAGGUCCAGCGGAGAGCACAGGAAGUGAUUAACGCUUGUACCGCUAUGGGUGACAACAACCCUAUCAAGUUCAUUCAUGACGUUGGUGCUGGAGGUCUCUCCAACGCCCUUCCCGAACUGAUCCAUGAUUCCGGCCUGGGCGCCACUUUUGAACUUCGUGAGGUGGACAGCGCCGACAAGAGCAUGAGCCCCAUGCAGAUCUGGUGCUGCGAAGCUCAGGAGAGAUACGUCAUGGCUAUUGGGGAGGACUCCAUGAACAAGUUCACCGCUAUUGCCAACCGUGAGCGUUGUGGCUUUUCCGUCGUUGGCCGUGGAGGCGGAACGUCCGAAGAGGAGAAGAGGCUCGUUCUCAUGGACAGGGACUCGGCUGAGUACCCCAAGCCCAUCGACUUGCCCCUGUCCGUUCUAUUCGGAAAGCCCCCCAAGAUGACUCGAGUCGUUGAUUCCCGUAAAUUGAAUCUUCCUGCCGUCGAUGCAACCCUGACGAAGUACCUCCCUGCUCUUGCACCCAACCAUCUCGAGCUCAUCGGGGAGGCUGCUAGCCGAGUCCUUUCUCUUCCCGCGGUUGCCUCCAAGUCUUUCCUGAUCACGAUUGGUGAUAGAACCGUUGGUGGUCUCACUGCUCGCGACCAGAUGGUCGGUAGGUGGCAGACUCCUGUGUCUGACGUCGCUGUCACUGCCACGGCAUUGCUUCAAGGAGUGAAGACCGGUGAGGCUAUGGCCAUGGGUGAGAGGCCGAGUCUUGCACUGAUCUCCCCUGCCGCUUCGGCCCGUAUGGCUGUUGCGGAGUCGCUCAUGAACAUUGCCGCUGCUGAUCUGGUUGACCGUCUCAGCCACGUGAAGCUCUCCGCCAACUGGAUGUCCGCUAGCAGCCACCCAGGUGAAGGUGCCGCCAUCUACGAGGCUGUGGAAGCCAUUGGAAUGGACCUGUGCCCCAAGCUUGGCAUCAGCAUUCCUGUCGGAAAGGAUUCCAUGUCCAUGAAGAUGAAGUGGACCGAUGAAGCCUCUAAGGAGGCGAAGGAGGUUACUGCACCUAUGUCUCUUGUCAUCUCUGCCUUUGCGCCGGUUGGCAACUACCGCAAGACUUGGACCCCCGCUCUUCGUCGUCUCGAGGAUGUCGGUGAGACCGUCCUUAUGUUCGUCGAUCUCUCCUUCGGCCGGAAGACUUUGGGAGGCUCUGCCCUUGCUCAGGUCUUCAACCAGGUUGGUGACGACUGUCCUGAUGUCCGUGAUGUUGAAAUCUUCAAGGACUUCUUCGAUGCUACUCAACAAUUGCAGGACGCGGGCAUUGUCCUGGCCUACCAUGAUAGGUCUGAUGGUGGUCUGUUCACCACUCUUGCCGAGAUGAUGUUUGCAGGCCGUUGCGGUGUCGAGGUCAUGCUCGAUAACAUCUGCCCUACCUCUGGCACGAAGGAUGUUGUGGAGACCCUGUUCACUGAAGAACUUGGAGCUGUGUUCCAAGUCCGCAAGGAACACGAGAUGCAGUUCCGCUCCUGCUUUGCCACAUGCGGCCCCCCUGCUGGCCUGAUCCACAAGAUUGGACGAGUUUCUGAGAGAACUAAGCAGAACCUUGCCAUUUAUCACGGACACACCUUGGUGUACCGCAAAAACCGUGCCAGCCUUCAGCAGACCUGGUCCAGCACUUCGUACCACAUGCAGAAGAUGCGUGACAACGCCGCUUGUGCUGAUCAGGAAUAUGCCAACCUGCUGGAUGAUGCCGACCCCGGUCUCUCAUGGAACCCAACUUUCGACCCCAAGGAUAAGGCACUCCCUAUGCUCACCAGCCUGACCUCGAUGUCUCCUUUCAGCAACAAGCCUCGCGUGGCGAUUCUGCGUGAGCAAGGUGUGAACAGCCAGGCUGAGAUGGCUUUUGCUUUCAACAUGGCCGGCUUCUCCGCCGUCGAUGUCCAUAUGACUGACAUCAUCUCUGGACGUGUGUCCCUUGCCAGCUUUGUCGGUAUGGCUGCUUGCGGUGGUUUCUCUUACGGUGACGUUCUUGGUGCUGGUCAAGGCUGGGCCAAGUCUGUCCUGCUGCACGAGAACACCCGCUCCGAAUUCCAGAGCUUCUUCGAGCGCCCUGAUACCUUCGCUCUGGGUGUCUGCAACGGUUGUCAAUUCCUGUCUCGUCUGAAGGAUUUGAUCCCCGGCGCCCAGAACUGGCCCAGCUUCGAGCGUAACGCUAGCGAGCAGUACGAGGGCCGUGUCUGUAUGGUCCGUGUCUCGGACCCUGAUCCCUCCAGGCCCAGCGUGUUCUUCCACGGCAUGAACGGCACCUCGCUCCCCAUCGCCGUCGCCCACGGUGAGGGCCGUGCCUCCUUCUCCCCCUCUUCCAACGUCACCGCCCAAUCCUUCGUUCAGGAAGGUCUCGCUCCCGUCCAGUAUGUGGACAACGCCGGCCUUAAGCCAACCAUGAAAUAUCCCUUCAACCCGAACGGCAGCCCCGAGGGUAUCGCCGGUAUCCGCAACGCCAACGGUCGUGUCCUGGCCAUCAUGCCUCACCCCGAGCGUACCAUCAUGGGCGGCAUCGCCAGCUGGCUGCCCGCCAAGGCCCAGGAAUGGGGUGACAUCGGUCCCUGGGGCCGUGUCUUCUACAGUGCCAGAAGAUGGGUCGGUUAA